GAUCUCUUGACGUCAUUCAAGGGCGUCCCACGCUUCCUAAGCACCACCUUAAACUAGAACAUGGGAUUUGUUCAAUUAUUUGCAAAUAACAAAAAUGGUCAAUUUUCGGAAACAGAAGAAAGAAAAAAAGAAGAAGGAAAAAACGAGGAGAAGACAAAAGGAAGAAGGAAUGAAACGAUAUGUGAGUUUGAGGGAAAAAUGAAAGAAGAAUCGAAUGGAGGGAAGUGAGAGAAAGAGAAAGAAAGCGCUCGCGCAAUAGAAAGGGGAAUCAAUCUGAGAGAGACACUAAAUGAGGAAGCAUAGGAAGCAUAUACAAGUCAUUCAGACUCGAACCACCGUGCUGUACAAGUUGGUUGGUUGCGUCUCAAAUUUUACCGGUACGCGUGACAAAACUUAUACAUAUAUAGAUAUAUUGAAGAAAAACAAUUUUUUAUUUUCCUCUAUAUGUUGCAUAGAAAAAAAGGAAUCUAUUUUUCACAAUCGGCAUGAAGUUUUAGAAAGACAAAAAUCCGUGAGUGCCUCAAUCUUCAAUUUGAUGAUUGACCAGGAAUUUUAAACAAAAGGAAAAUCACUCUCUCUAGAUUAUUGGAAAUAUAUUUUACGCGCGAAAAUGUCGAAAUCGGGAAGUAUAAAAGGAAGUAUAAAGGGGAGUUUAAAGGAAGGAGAAAAAGGAUCUUACGAUCCAGUUCCAGUGAAUGGAGAUGGAGGCGAUGAAAUAAAAUUAGAAGCAAAAAUGUCACUUCUCAAUGGUGUCACAGUAAUUGUUGGUUCAAUUAUUGGUUCCGGUAUUUUUGUCAGUCCAAAAGGUGUUCUAGAAUACACGGGAAGUGUUAAUUCCAGUUUAAUAGUAUGGACAGCCUCCGGUCUCUUCUCGAUGGUGGGAGCAUAUUGCUACGCUGAACUGGGAUGUAUGAUAAGAAAAUCAGGAGCAGAUUAUGCAUAUAUUAUGGAAACUUUUGGGCCUUUUAUGGCCUUCGUUCGAUUAUGGAUCGAGUGUAUGAUAGUGAGGCCUUGCAGUCAGGCAAUUGUCGCUUUGACUUUUAGCAAAUACGUACUGAAGCCUAUGUUCCCAGAAUGUGAACCUCCUGCGGAAGCUGCUGCCCUACUGGCUGCAUGUUGCAUAUUUACUCUGGCGUUUAUCAAUUGUUGGGACGUAAAAUGGGCAACGAGGGUACAAGAUGUAUUUACAUAUGCCAAACUCCUAGCUCUAUUCAUUAUUAUAUUUGCUGGUGCUUAUCAAUUCUGUACUGGACACACUGAACAUUUUACAUUUGAAAAUUCAAAAACUGAAGUAACGAGCAUUGCGCUAAGUUUUUAUUCAGGUUUAUUUGCAUAUAAUGGAUGGAAUUACUUGAAUUUUAUCAUUGAAGAAUUAAAGGAUCCAGUGAGAAAUUUACCUUUGGCUAUUGGAUUGUCGUGCACUUUAGUAACAAUCGUUUACGUAUUCACAAAUGUUGCUUUUUACACGACUCUUAGCCCUCUGGAAGUUUUGGGAAGUGAAGCCGUUGCAGUGACAUUCGCCAAUCAAUUAUUUGGCCUAUUCGCUUGGACGAUUCCAGUUUUCGUAGCGUUAUCAUGUUUUGGCGCAGUGAACGGUAUUUUAUUGACUUCAUCGCGACUUUUCUACGCGGGAGCAUGCGAAGGACAAAUGCCGGAACUUUUGACAAUGAUUCAAACAUCAAGACUAACACCAGCACCUGCAGUUUUGUGCAUGGCUCUACUGUCAAUGGUGUACCUGUUUUUCCCUGAUAUUAAUAGUUUGAUUAAUUACGUAGGAUUCGCUACUUGGCUUAGCAUAGGCGUAUCGGUUCUCUGCGUUCCUUGGUUGAGAUGGGCUCAGCCUAAUUUGCCAAGGCCGAUCAAGGUGAAUUUAGCAUUUCCCAUUGUCUACAUCCUCGCGACUUUGUUCGUUACCAUCGUUCCCAUGUACGCCAGUCCUCUCGACACUGGAUACGGUUGCCUCAUGAUACUUUCCUCAGUACCUGUUUACUUUUUGUUUAUUGCGUGGAAGAAAAAACCGAAAUUCUUCCAAAAAGGUGUUGGCGCCGCUACAAAAAGUUUGCAGAAGCUGUUGGUGGUCGUCGGACCAAGAUCAAAGUUUGCAUGUCGCAUUGAACAUCAGAACUACAAAACACGCUCCACUGUUUAUGGUACAUACCUUGUGGAAAAAGAAAUUGGCGAUAGUGGUUUUUCAAAUGGAUCGUCUCUAAUCAAUGAUCUCGAAAUUUUUUCCCAUAAUUGGAAUAAAUUAUAAAUCACGUUCAAAGUUUUUAGGAGACAAGGAUUUACCUGUGAUAUUGUUUAGAAAUAUUUCUCUUUUCUUUCUAAAGACAAAAGAGAAACAUAGACGUUAAAAAACUGUUAUUUAAUUUAUUCUUAACUUUUUCACUUGUAAAAAUACUUUUACAAUGUUUUUUAUAUAUAUAAAACUGUUAAUUUUUUUUAAAAGCAAAUUUAGUAGCAGGUUACAUUUAAUUUAGCCACUAAAAUAUUUUUAGUUUUACAUCUAAUAUUAAAUUGGAGAAAUUGUUAAUUGAAUUGUUAAUCUGUUCAUUGUUAUUGAUUUCGUAAAGUUGAUUUUCUUUAAAUUUGUCGUAUUUAGAGGGAAAAAAUAUUUUAACUUUCUAAAAUUGUUCUAAUUUUAAGAGAAUUUCGUAGUUUAUUUUUUAUGAGAAGCCAAUUUCUUUUUAUGGUUCGAUGUAAUAUUUAUAGGGACAUGCUGAUAACAAAAUAUAUCUACGCAAUUAAACAAAAGAUGAUGAGAUUUUGUUUGCAAUAAUUAUGUAAAUAUUUUGGAAAAUUGAUCUCAUUUA